AUAAAAAUCCCUACCAAGUAUCAUGAUUAGUUGGUUGAACGUUAAAUUAUCUACACUAUAAGUGUUUUUUUUUUGCAAUAGCACUUACUUGAGAGGAAUCCGGAAUCACAAAAGGACAUAAUGAGAAUAUUAUCUUUAGUGUUAUUUUUUAUUUCCAUCAAUUUCGCCUACCAGGAGCCCAUUGAGCAAUUAGAACAGGUGUUGGUGUAUCCCACGGAACCAGCUAUGAAAAAAUCAAAACGAGAAACUUCUAAAACAAAACAAAAAGAAUUCAAUGAUUUCGUAGAGGACAAGCUCAUUAUGCAUACACAGGCUCUGGAACAUCUUGUUAAGUUGGCAGAAACUAAUGAGGAAGUAACUAAAAAGCUCGUGGAAAACCUAGGGCAAAAGAUGGAAAGCCCAAAACUACCUGAAAAAAUUGAGUCCCGUCGUUCAGGAAGCAACCCAAUUAUUGCGGACGUCGAGCGGAGAGGGAAAGCUAGCCCGUGGUGUUCCGUGGCCAUUUUAUGCAAGAGGUCGAUGAAUCCUGUUUGCGGAUACGAUGAUAAUUUUGGAUAUGGGAAAUUUGACGAUGUUUGUCACAUGUUGCAAGUUAAUUGUUAUUGGAAAUACAAUUUCUCUCUUGUACCAUCCUGCAAGCCACUGCUUUGAAUGAACAGCAACAAAAUAUUUUAUUUUAUUUCCAUAUAUAAUAUAAAUCUAUUUAUUCAAAGUCCACACACAUACAUCUAUUUAUGAUUAAAAUAAAUUUGAAGAUAACAAAUGUACAUCUCGUUCAUCUGAUAUAAUAUUUAGUAAAAUAAAAUGUAUUUUUUAUAAACAGUUUUCUUUAUCCGACGUUAUUUUUCAGCUCCUUUGGGUUCGGACAAACGCCUUCUUCUUCCUUUACAUGUCUGAAAACUUGAAAAAAAAUAUAUAACAAAUGUCUUAUAAAUUAAUCGAUUUGAAGUAACUAUCUUACAAGCAUGUACCCAUAUUGUAUUCGCAGGAGUAUUCGUAUAGAUCGCAAAGAUCUAAAAAAGUCCUCGCUUCAUUCACAGAUUUGCCACAUAUUAUUAUAUUGUCAUGAAAACAUAUGUAUGCGUGCUCACAGAGCUUUUUCAGCUCGGUCUGGAACAAAAACAAAAUAACGUUUUAUUUACCUUAGAAAAUAUUCUAUUUUUGUUAUCUACUUUCGCUCGAUUAGCUCGUAUAUACAUAUGUAUGUGAAAAAGCAAUUAUUGUAAAAGUUUUAGCCUAUGUGGAAAUACAUUAAUUUGAAGUUU